UGUGCUAGUUGUGACAGUCAUUGUGCCGGAAGAUUGGUAUCAAUCCCGAUCAAGUCUCCAAUUUGUAGAGAACCAACACGUGUGUUUUGUUAUCGCCGUCAUAACGUUUAUUUGUAUCGAGUCGUUUUUGGUGCAUGCAUUACAAAUCCGAUGGCUUUCAGGUUUAAUUUUAAUCAAGACGACAGUGGCAUAGCCGAGGAAGUCAAUGGAGGAGUUGUCCCUGUGCUGGAGAAAAAGGCUGAAGUGUUGACAGUUGCUGAGGCAGUGGAACUCAAGUAUGAAGAAGAAAAGUUACAGUUAGAAGACAUUGUUAUAGAAACACUGACAACAUCAGAGGGGAUGGAGGUGAAAUAUUGCAGUGCUGAAGAUAUACAAGACAGGUUGAAACAGGAGAAAACAGACUCAGUCAUUGUUAGGGCUAAUUCAUCUAAUUCUGAUCUUAUUCCACAUGUAUAUGAAGGUGGCCUCAAGGUAUGGGAGUGUUCUGUGGACUUGACACACUACCUGUCUGGCUUAAAACUGGCAUUUAGAGGAUUGAAAGUACUAGAGGUAGACAUCAACAUUGUUUGUGGUUGA